CCUACCGAUUAUCUCCGUCGGUCAUUUUUCAGCUUCGUAGGUCCUGAGAAUCCCACGGCGCUACGAUCGCGAGGGCUUUCACCUGGCGUUGUUUGAUUGAAGGUCAUUGAUUAGCUUUGGAAUUGAUUUUAUAUUUUGUUUGAUUGGUAUUACUGGGUUUUGAUCUCGACGGUGGGUGAUUUCGAAUUGCAUGAACUAAUUUGCAGGAGAUGGGUCGUAGCCGGACAAUAUAUGUUGGCAACCUUCCUGGUGAUAUUCGCGAGAAAGAGAUCGAGGAUCUUUUCUACAAGUAUGGAAACAUUAUUGAAAUUGACUUGAAGAUUCCUCCGAGGCCUCCAGGUUAUGCUUUCAUUGAGUUCGAGGAUGCUCGUGAUGCUGAAGAUGCUAUCUAUGGUCGAGAUGGUUAUAACUUUGAUGGCUUUAGAUUACGUGUGGAGAUCGCUCAUGGCGGGAGAGGUGGCUCUUCUUCAUAUGACCGUCAUAGCAGCUUUAGUAGCGGGGGUGGUAGUGUGUCCCGCCGCUCAGACUAUCAAGUUAUUGUGACUGGUUUACCAUCUUCUGCAUCAUGGCAAGACUUGAAGGAUCACAUGCGGAGAGCUGGUGAUGUUUUUUUUUCAGAGGUGUUCCGGGAGAGGAGAGGGACCAUUGGAAUUGUGGAUUAUACAAACUAUGAUGAUAUGAAAUAUGCUAUAAGGAAACUUGAUGAUUCUGAAUUUCGAAAUGCAUUUUCACGGACUUUUAUUAGGGUGAGAGAAUAUGAUUCUAGGAGAAGCUAUUCUAGGAGCAGGAGCAGGAGCAGGAGCCGGAGCCAUAGCCCAUCCUAUUCCAGGAGUCUCAGUGGUAGUCCAAGGAGAUCUCGAUCAAGAUCUGUUUCCCCUCGGGGUCGUUCAGUUUCUACAGAAAGGUCUUUAUCUAGAUCCAAUUCAAGAUCAGAAUCCUCCUCGGCUUCUCCACGAGCGAGGCACAGCCGCAGCAGAAGCAGAGGCCGAAGCCCGUCGCGUUCUCCUUCCAUUGAUGCAUAAAUAAACGGUGAACUUUGAUCGCAGCAGUGAAUUGAACUUGUUGGAAGUAUGCUUGUUUUCUCCAAGCAAAGAAUGUAGGCUUUGUUCGGUACGGUUUUUUUCCUGCUUCUAAAAACAGUUUUUUAGUAAAAAAUUAAAAUUUUUGUGCUAAAAAGUUGUUUUAAGAAUCAGUAAAAAAGUCAUCCCAAACGAAGUCGGAGUCUUUGCCUUUCAGCUGACCUUCAAGAGAGUAGAAACUUAACAGUAUUAAGCUUGAUGUUUUAGUUAUUUUAAGUCUAUGAGUGAAUACUAUAUACCCCUUAUUUGAACAUGUGAGAUAUUCAAACAACUCAUACUUGGUUUUCUCUGUUAGAUUUACUUAUUGCAACACCGACAUUUUCUGUGUUCU